AUGGCUGGGUUUGCCAGCAGAGGAAAGUGGAUGUAUGAGGUCACCCUGGGCACUUCAGGGAUCAUGCAGCUCGGUUGGGCCACUAGCAGCUGUCAGUUCAGCAACGAGGAGGGCGUUGGCGACUCAAUGGACAGUUAUUCUUUCGAUGGGAAGCGCGUGCGCAAGUGGAAUAUCAGCUGUCUACCGUACGGUCAGGACUGGGCUCAAGGAGACGUGAUUGGCUGCGGGCUCGAUCUCGACACGUUGACGGUUUCAUUCUGGCGCAAUGGGGUGCAUCUGGGCGCAGCCUUCCAGAGCAUCCGCCGAUUGGCUUACUUCCCUGCAGCCUCGUUAUCGUAUGGGGAGCGGUGCGAGUUCAAUUUUGGAUCACGGCCCUUUGCUCACCCCACAGAGGACUAUCAGCCGCUAGUGAGACCUCCAGCUCACUGUGCGGGUGCUGCCUACCUUCUGGGCUGCUUCCGGACGCUCACUGCCGCACAGCUCGCCUACAAGAGAAGCUGCAAGAGGGGGACCUGGGCUGUGCUGAACGAGGGUGGCGUCUUGAAGCAGCUUCUGCUGGAUCUCGGAGGCCUGCUAGGUCCCAUGCUUGCAGAUGAAUAUGUGGUCAUGGAGGCGUUCCUGCCAUUCUUGCUGUCUCUGGUGGAGGAGCCUGCCGUGGCCGGCGACGGCGCCCUGUUCCUCGCGGUCAACCUCAUGAGAGGCCACAUCACCAGCGGCGAGAUGCGGGCGGGGAUGCUGCAUGUGCUGGAUUGCCUCUCUUGGAGGUGCCGGACAGCCGGCUGCAUGUGGGCGGGCAAGGGCAGCCUGCAGAGCUGGCUGGACUUUGCGACCGCGCUGAUGCGCAUCCCCGCCGUGCGCGAUGUGUGGCUGGCCGCGCCCACGUGGAAAGCAUCCUUCGAGGGCUUCCUGGCAGUAAAGCCCCCGAGCGCGCGCGAUCUGGCCGGCUGUCUGCCCUUCGUGCACUGGCCCGAUGCGGAGAAGCUGGGCAUGGACGUGGUCAGCAAGGAGCACUACAAGCGCGCCAGCCGCGACCUGCAGGCCGCACUGGCCGCCGUCUACGACCGCCACUCCGAGCUCUGCGCCCUCCUGCUCGCCACCCCGGGCGCCGACACCUGGGGCCAGCAGGACGUGCCCAACCGGCUGACGGAGCUGGUGCAGCACCUGGUGCGCAAGAACCGGGGCACGAACCGCAACGUGCCGCCGCCGGGCCUGUCUGACAGCAGCGUGCUGGUCUCCGCCUUCUUCAUGCUGCUGCGCGUCCUGCGCCCCUAUCUCGAGGGCCGCUCCAACGGCGACGGCGGCCUCUCCACUUUCCCAGCCGGCGCCAUGUUCCUGCAGGGCGUCGGAAGCCGUCAUCUGGACCCAUACAGCGGGGCGGGGAGGCUGGGGGGCGCGCUGAGCCACCUGGAGAAGACGGCAAAGCCGGACGCUGUCGCGCUGAUCGCCAUGCUGUCGGUCGGCCCCGUGCAGCCGCUGCCGGAAGGGUCCGCGGCGGCUGCUUCUCCGCAGCCGGGACCGCCCACGCCCGGCCAGCUGACUCCCCGCCAGCAGCGGGGCCUGGAGCGCUGCGGCAGCCAGGCCUCUGCCUCCAGCGCAAGCUGCUCCUCCAGUGGCACGGUGUCCUCCCGCGACAGCAGUGAGAGCAGCGAGUGCGGCCGCAUGGAUGCCUGCGCGCACGACGGGCAGCACCAGGCCGCCACGCGCAAGCGCUUGCACGCGCACAGCUUCUUCGCUGCGGGGGAUGCGCCGAGGGCCCCCCUCAUCGACCGGGGGGCAAUGCCCCCACCCUCCGGGCUCCCCUGGACCGCCGAAGCUUCGGCUCGCACCCCGCUGGAGCACGCCUGGAGCGCGCCCGGCGCCCUUCCCGGCAGCUUCCACGCAGCUGGCGACCCCGUUACGCACGCAAGGCUCCCGGCCGCUGAGCCCCUGAGCAGUCCCUUCCAGCAGACGACGCACAGGCAGGGCACUUUGCCGCCCCGGGCGCUCUUCCAGGGGCCUGCCCUGGCCUCUUGGCUGGACCACGGCGUCCCCCGGUCGCCCCACAGCGAAACCCGGCCUUCGGCCGCCCACCCGAGCUUGUCUACAGGCUCCGGCAGCAGCAGCAGCGUGGCAUUAGGCAGGCACAUGCACCCCUGGCAGCGCGACCAGCCUGUAGGCCACGCGGCACCCAGCCAGCGUUGUCCCUACUUGGCAUCUGCCGCGCACGCGCCCGUCGCGCCGAUGCGAUGCGAUAGCGUCCCGGCCCCUUGCUCGUUCGCGGAGGGGCCAGCCCUGCAGCAGCGCAGCCCGGAGCACUGGCCGGCGGUGGCCGGCGGCGCCCACGCGCCGCAGACGCCAGCCGCCGGCCGCUCCUAUGGACCGCCCGGGAUGUGCGGCCAAGUGGAGGGGCCGUCCUACUGCGGCCAGGCCGCCAUGGAGGUGCCCGGCAGCAGCCAGGGCCGGCAGCCGCCGCCGCUGACCGGCCGUGAGGCGGCGUGCCUGCUGGACGCGAUGCUGCGGCUGUACCACCUGGGCAUGGUGGGCGCGUUCCGCUGCGCCAGCUUCCAGCAGCAGAACGCCACGCAGGCGCAGCAGCACGUGGAGGAGCUCAAACACCAGCUGCAGAGCAUGCAGAACAACGAUGAGGAGCUGCUGAAGUGGGCCAAGUCGAUGAAGAACUGGCAGCGGGUGCUGGUGGACAGCGCACGCUUCGCAGCCUGGCACAACGCGUGCUUGUUUGGGGCGAGGGGCAUGGAGGGCUUGCUGGUGCUGGGCACCUACACUGCGCGCCUGCUCUCCGCCCUGUCCGAGCACCGCGUCCUCUUUGCAUACGUGCCCGAGCUGUAUCUGGAGGCGCUGUUGGACGGUUUCCAUGCAGUGCGAUCGCGGCCGCACGUGUCCAAGUCGCCACUGUUUGCUGCGUGCGCGGACGCGCUGGUGCCGUUUCUGGCGCGGCGUUUCCGCGACGAGGCGAUCGUGGGGCCGGACUUGCGCGAGAUGAUGCUGCAGACAGUGUCGCUGCUGCUGCAGACCAAGGCCUUCGUGGCCAAGUUCGAGGAGAGCCACGACGCACGCGCCCACCUGGUGGAGGGCUUGUUGGAGGCCUUCAAUGGGCGCGACUGGGUGCCCGUCUCUAGCAUCCUCUCCCGCCUCACCAGCUCCAAUGCUUUUGGCGCCUCCCUCGCGCGUGCCGCCGCCAGCAGCUCCAUCAUAUUUCAGGCGUCCCUGGUGCAGAUUACAGAAGCACGGCCAGAGCUGUGCGAGAGCUUCCUCAACCGGCUCUUUGCCAUGCUCAACUGGACCCUCACCGAGUUCACCGUCGCCGCUCAGGAGCUGGGCGAGGGGCCGGAGGGUGCGCACAGCAGCGAGGAGGCGCUGAAGCGGAGGUGCGUGGUGAUGCUGGAGCUGGCGGCCACGCUGGCGCGCGUGCUGGAGUUUGUGACGGCGCGGCUGCCGCGCGCGUUCCUGGCGGGGCCGCCCCUCAACAUGGCGCGCCUGGCCGAGACAGCCUGCUUCGUGGUCGCCCACCUUGCCGCCCCAACGGCCGCCGCGUCCGCCAUCUCCGCCGUGUUGUCGCAGCGCUUCCCCGCCGCCCAGAACGCCAAGCGCGCCGUCCUGCUCGCCCCCGUGCUCGGCAUGCUGCUGAACGUGUGGCAGAGCGAGCGCGAGGCGCGCGGCCGGCGCUCGGCCUUCUCGGCUGCGGCGGGCGACGGCACGGAGCGGCAGUUGCUGGUGGCGGCGCUGCACGCUGUGGGCUUUGGCGGCUACACGGGCUGCAUUGCCGCGCGCACCGGGUUUGCAAAGCAGCAGCGGGCGCUUCAGGGCGAGGAGUCGAGCGACGAGGACGUGCCGGAGGACUUCAUCGACCCCAUCAUGAUGAUCACCAUGUCCGACCCCGUCUUGCUGCCCGACUCGCGCACCGCCGUAGACAGGUCCACAGCGGUGCGGCACCUGCUGACAUCAGCGACGGACCCCUUCACACGCGCACCGCUGUGCCUUGAGGAGCUGCAGGACGACCUGGCCCUGCGCAUGCGCAUCGACACCUGGCGCGCCAAACGCCGCAAGGCCUGACGCCACAUGCUCUGCUGUGAGCCCCUCCUGCUUUGGGCUGGUGGCAGCUGGCAGUGACGCCUGAUCCCUUGAAUCUGAAGGCUGCAUCGGGUGAGCAGAACUGUGUUGUACAGGGCAUAAAACAACUGUGAAAUAUAUAUUUAUCCCUACUGGCGCACAAUGUGCAGCAUGCCGUCGCAUGUGGCCAGUGGAGAGGAAGUACAGAUGUCAGACAGUUGGGUUGGUCGAGGUGCUGCAUGCCUGUUGAGCGCAGUGAGCGCUGUGCAAGACACUCUGUAUAAGUGGAUGCAAAGUCGUGUGUUGACAAAAUUGCGGAAUUGAGGGUUCAAUUUCCCCGCCAUCGUAAUUUUCUGAUACUUGGACAGGCAAUCAACUUCAAGUGGUGGUGCGCUCUGGACCACAGGAGCGCGGUGCUCUAGCCGGAACCCUGCUAACACUCAGGAAGACCUAGUGUCUGCACUCUUGAUCAAGAAUGCAGACGGAGGACAUUUGUCUGGACCCGUCACUGACUGUCUGGCAGCUGGAAGCUUUAACAGACGGUUUGUCAGCGUGCACCUACUAGGUAGUAUCUCGGCAAUACCUAGACAACAGGCGCAAUAUUAAUAUACCAUCAGCACCUGAGCCCAAUGUGGGUUAUUUGUGCAUGUAAUAUCAUCAAGGGUGC